UCCGCCGCCGGCCCGCGCGGCGCCGCGGGCGGCUCCGUGGCCAUGCGGGCGGCACAGCCGCGCUCCCGGCAGCAGACGCUGGCCCUGCGGCGGCAGCUCGUCGGCUCUUCUUGCAAGCUGUUUUUUCCUAAUGAUCCAGUGAAGAUCAUGAAGGCCAAAGGCCAGUAUAUGUAUGAUGAGAAUGGGAGACAGUACCUUGACUGCAUAAACAAUGUUGCUCACGUUGGACACUGUCACCCUGAUAUAGUAAAGGCAGCCCAUGAACAGAAUCAAUUGUUAAAUACAAAUUCUCGUUACCUUCAUGACAACUUGGUUGAUUAUGCAGAGAGACUUUCAAAAACACUACCUGAGAAAUUAUGUAUCUUCUAUUUUUUGAAUUCUGGAUCUGAAGCCAACGACCUUGCCCUGAGAUUGGCACGGCAGUACACAAAACAUGAGGAUGUUAUCGUUUUAGACCAUGCUUACCAUGGACAUCUGACAUCUUUGAUUGACAUAAGCCCAUAUAAAUUCAGAAAUCUAGAAGGACAAAAGGAAUGGGUCCACGUGGCUCCUGUUCCAGACACAUACAGAGGACUUUAUAGAGAAGACCAUGAAGAUUCAGUAACAGCCUAUGCUGAUGAAGUAAAAAAUAUUAUUGAGCAUGCACAUAAGAGAGGCAGAAAGAUUGCUGCAUUUUUUGUUGAAUCUCUACCAAGUGUGGGUGGUCAAAUCAUUCCCCCAGCAGGGUAUUUUCAGAAGGUUGCAGAGCAUGUGCACAAGGCAGGAGGUGUAUUUAUUGCUGAUGAAAUUCAAGUUGGCUUUGGCAGGGUUGGCAAGCACUUUUGGGCAUUCCAGCUUCAGGGAGAAGAUUUUAUACCUGAUAUUGUCACUAUGGGGAAACCAAUAGGAAAUGGGCACCCACUUGCUUGUGUAGCAACAACAAAAGAAAUUGCAGAAGCAUUUGCGGCCACAGGAGUAGAGUAUUUUAAUACAUUUGGUGGGAACCCUGUUUCAUGUGCCAUUGGAUUAGCUGUGUUAGAUGUAAUUGAAAAGGAACACCUUCAGGCUCAUGCCACAGAGGUAGGCAACUUCUUGAUGAAGACACUCAAGGAGCAGCAAAUCAAGCAUCCCAUCAUCGGUGAUGUCAGAGGUUGUGGCUUAUUCAUUGGAGUGGACUUAAUCAAGGACCAAGCAGAAAGGACUCCAGCCACAGCAGAAGCAGAGGUUUUAAUAACAAGACUUAAGGAAAAAUAUAUUCUUCUGAGUACAGAUGGGCCAGGAAGAAAUGUGCUGAAAUUCAAGCCCCCAAUGUGUUUUAAUAUGGAGGAUGCAAAAUUUGUUGUGGAGACAAUUGACAAAAUACUAACAGGUAAAAAAAAAAUUAUCAAAACCCUCAAAAACAGUGGGUGGUUUCUGAACUUUCUUGAAGACAAUGCUGAGCUGCUGAGCCUGAUUUUCAGAUAAUGCUAAAAUGGAGCCAAGAUGGUAAAUGCUGAGCACAAUGGUAAAUGCUGAGCAGAGUAACUUCUCAGUUACUCUGUGCUGAGGUUCCACAACAAAACUACUUCCUCUACAGAUGCACUUGUCUUUUAGAACAGUUUUUCUCUGGCUGAGGUUUGAGUGUUUAGCUUAUCUGAACAAGCACAAUUUGUAAAAGAGGUCCACAUGUUCCUGAAAGCCAUAAUCUGUGUACUUUUGCCACUUAGCUUUUUAUACAACUUCUACACACUCAGCAUUAAGAAAGUUUGUGACUUUUUUUUUUUUUUACACUAAGUCAUGGCUUUUCUAAGUUGUUGCUUUAUUCUCUCUCCAGAUAUGGAAAAAGAAUGUCUGAACCAACAGAAAACACCUAUUUGGUCCACCUGAGCAGGUAUUUACCUAGAGUCACCCAGAACCAUUUAAAAGCCAAGGUUCCUAAACAUAAUUUCACAAGCACUGUCAGAAUAAAGCUUCCUCAGAGAUGCUGUUACUCAAAGGUUGCAGGAAUUUCUGGGGAUCUCCAAGCAUGGACCACACAUCCAGCAUUCACAACUGCCUUCCAUCAGUCUGACACUCCCAGCAACACUGUGUGCAUCACUUGUUGUAAGCAAGGGCCAACAUGUCCCAGACAUGACUGUCUCUGGAGCAUGCAAAUGACUGCACAUCCACACAAACAGAGCUUUCUUUUCUGCUUGCUGCUCAGUGCCUUCAGGCUCCAGCCAGAAGCUGGUCCAGCUGCAUAACCACUUCUCAGCAGAUCUCCCCUUAAGUGUCAUUUCAGGUUCACAGCUGGCAUCUCAUGCUUCAGGAUCCAUUUACCCCUAGACAAAAAGUUUGUGGGUAUCAGAGUAAGAUUGGUCUUGUUAAGUCUUCAUAGUUUUGUUAUCUCUUCAUCUGUUGAGGUCCCUCAGUAGAUUGCCAAGAGAACAUCUAGCUGCAACUCAGUUUGCUGCACACUCAUGAGCACAGUGUACACUUACAGUUACCACCUUGGUAACAACAUCCUUUGGUACACUUAGUACUUCUUCAAACUACUCUAAGAGACAACCAGAUGUUUAGAUGAACUCUGGAUAGCUGGGCAGGAAUGCACCUAACAUGGUCAUUGUGAGCAGUGUAAUCAUUAGUGGCCUCAACCACCAUGAGAUUCACAGUGCUAUGGCCCUGAGCUAAGGAGAAAUAUGUUUUUAGUUCAGUGUAUAUUAGUAUAGCAGGCACAAGAAAAAUGUGUUAAUAUUUUAUUUAGCAAGUUAAUGGAAAGACAUACAGCUGUUUAUACUACUUAUUCUUAGGAACAGAAAGAUUACUUAACAGUGCCAGUGCAAAUUAGAGGCCUAAUGACUUAAUGUACUUAUCUGUGAUCUAAACUAAGCAAGAAAAAUGCCUUUAUUUUCUACAGGAAACCAAGAAUGCAAAAAGCCUCUUACUACGUACAGUACUAGUAAGACACUUACAUAUAAUGUAAGCGAAAAUGAGGCAAUUAAGUAAUUUCUUUUAAUGAUACUUUUACAAAAAAAAAAACCGUAACAUUAUUUUCUUUCCAUAGGUUUCAAACAAUGUUCAAGAUCUACUACUAAGAAACAUUAUUCUACUAUAAUAAUGCACAUUUAAUCUUCAUCCUAGCAUGUCUUAGACCAGAUAAGUCACCUUUGAGUUUUCUGUUUUCAUUUAUCUUGUUUUUAGUAAAAGCCCUAAGAGAAAUAAAUUUUACAAGAGCUUGUCUCAA